AUGGCGAUGGAUGCUGGCACGAUUGCUGCUGUUGUGGCUCUGGUGGUCUCAAUCUUGGCCAUGUUCGUGGCAUGCGCGCAAGCUAUUCAACAGUAUGUCAUCACCGGCCAGCUGAUUCGCAUCUGCGAUGGCGUGGUCUAUGGCAAGAUGCCUGGGCAGGGAAGGCGAGUGUGGGAAUUCUCUCAGUUUCGCUUUCGAGUGGUCUACUCCAUGCCACAAGUUGGCCUCAGGCCGAGCCUAUGGUUUGACAUUCUCCCGCAACAUCACUCAGAUUCCAAGGGCCAUCUACCGCUUCCAGAUCUGCGGCACACAGCCCACAGGCAAGGCAGUAAUAGUUUCUCUUAUGCUUUUGGUCAUGUGCCACGUCGACAGAUGCGCUCCGAGUACUCUGCCACCCCAGGAGAAGCUUCAUGGGUAUCAUUCUGUCGAGUGGCGCAGCAUGCAAGCGAGAGUGACCUUUUCUACGACCUGAUCGAUUCCGACGCCGACCGCUGUCCUUCGGAUCUUCCAGCUGUUCCCAUGCAAGUUUCGUUGCGAGAUAUUGCUGUCAUUGCCAUCAUGGCCGGCAUGAGGUGCACAUACGCCUCGUUUGAGAAAAAGUCGUUAUCCAUGACUGGUGCAGUAGGGACAAUCACAUCGUCCUGGCAUCCAAUACUAGGCGCCACUAUCCAUUUCGCACCACGCAAUUACAGCGCAUUGUCCGACAGUGACGCUCGAAUGGACGAGGUCCUGGGUCUUCGAAUCGGCAGCGGCAGUAUCAGCUCUAAGUGGAUGGCGCGAAUGGCGGACGUUAUCAUCGUGGCUGGCCGCCACUAUGAUGCGCAUGAUAGGUUGUCGUACGAAGAGUUUGAAGGUCAUACUUGGGUCACGCUAUCCAGAAGUCGUGCUAUGGUCAAAGCCUCGACGUACAGUCCGUUGCGGCAGACCCAUUCUCCAGUGCGCACAUUCCGAUUGCGGUCGAUAUCCCCCAUCCGUGGUUCUCGGUCUCGGGGACGGAGCAGAGCUUCAACACGGUCCAGGUCCCUUCAAAGUGUUGUUUCCAGGACUGAUGGGCCGAUCGUUCUAAGACCCGUAGCAACGACGGAGAUAGCAGAGGGGUUCACGGAAGUUGGCAUUCGGCCAAGCAAGAAUGACGGCGACUGGGCAUUUGAGUCUGAAAUCAGUGCAUCGACCUCCGACUCUGGCGGUAUCACUCAGCGCGAAAACGUACCCCAACAUCUUUAUCAGAAGCAAGAAAACACUGCGCCACCAAGAGAUUCCAGUCAUAAGCGUGCCAUGGCUUACUUGCGCACACCUUUCCGUUCUAUACAUGCCAUGAUGUCGAGACACAAUCCUACAGCCGAUUUAGAAAACGAUGGUAUGACCGGGAUUUCAAUGAUGACCACUGCGCAAGCCCAAAGGACGGGCAACCUGCAACCUGUUAAGCAUGAACGACGCAGAUCAACGAGUGUUCCCACAAAGCCCGAGCCGCAACAAAGCAGAGCAGAUCAUAGCGGUGGUCGCUAUCAGCCGCCCAGGCUUGUGCGUCGAGGGCUAGAUGGUCAGGUGUUACAAGAUUACAUAGCUGAGAAAAGGCAGCACCCCGGUGAUACCGUCUUUACCGUGAACGGGAGACUGUUGCUGACUUGGCGAUCCGAUGCUGAUUCAAGCUCUGACCUUCUUGGCCAAUUCGGGGAGGCAGAGGGCUGGGUACGAUCAGCAAACCAAUUGCACCAGGAUCGCGUGCUCUUUGCGAUCCAAAAAUGGCGGACCAUGGUCGAAAAAAGGCGACAGCUUCGCGAAGAACCGAGUGGGCAGGACGAUUGGGAGGUGGAAAGUCUGGAGACCUAUCGUUCAUCACCGGUGCCAUCAAGCAGGGCGACCACUCCGGCAUCAAGAAGGGACUCACGUUCAGGGUCGAGGGAAAGAAGGACCGGACAGAGCAAUGGCGCCUUGACCCCAGGGCAAAAUCUCGGGCCAGAAGCAAGAGGUCGAGUCAGAACGCCAAAAGGGGUGGCAGAGUCGAGAUAUCAAUCUCCAAGUCCGCUUUCUGCCCGUCGCUUUCGACGUCGCAACAGCGAUGGCGGAUCUUUACCUGAUCAAGUUCGUCGUGUUGCUUACGGCGAUGAACCCAUCGAUCCCAUAGAGGACGUGGACGGAACAGGGCCAUCAGAAGGGAAGUCUGAAAACAAGGGUGGGACGCCGACUCGGGUUGUGGAGAAUCAGAACGAUCCAAAAGACGGCGAAGAGGCUACAGAUCCCAAACGUCCACGUUCGACUUCGAAGAAUCAACAGCUGCGAAAACCUAGGAGGGUGCAGAUCAUCCUACCAGAGCACGCAAAUGACCCUGAACCUGAAAUUGCCAGUAUUACGACCGCCAGUAAUGCGAGUGAACGAGAGAGUUCUACGGAGAGAACCCGGCCAGGUGUGGGGCCGUUGAAGAGAGGUGAUAUCCAAGACGGAGAACAACCAAGAGUCGCGGGCAAUGUUGAGACGCGCCGCGUAAGUGAUGAAGCGCAGUUAGGCAAAGAGAACAUACCGCCAACUCCCGCACCAGCCAAGCCCAUACUCAAGCCACCCACACGACAUUUUCCUGAAGACGAGAAUCCUAUCCGAGAAGGAGUUGCGCCGUUGAGACAUCCCAUUGAGGAGGGGAUUCCGGCCGGUGCACGAUGGACCAAGAUCAACCGCCGUCUUGUGAACCCGGAGGCAUUGGAGAAAGGUCAUGAAAGAUUCGAGGAACGGGAUGACUAUGUCGUUGUCUUGCGGGUGCUUUCAAGACAAGAGAUCAUCAAGUAUGCCGAGUUGACCAGAGAGAUCAGGGAAGCGCGAGAGCAGCAACGGGAUGCAGACAAGAUGACCGAGUCUCCCGCUUCCAUGUCCGACAGCGAGGAUGACCAUAACGACAACCAAGCCACAAAUGAACCUAAAGAUGCAGCAGCUCAGCAAGGACGUAGAACGUCCCCAUCCUCCAGUCGUUUGUCUCACAGUCCCGAGACCAAUUCUGCAACCCCGGCCGUCUCGAUACCACCGACUCCGAUCUCUGACAGAAACAGCUUCUCUUCCCAGACAGGGCCGCGUCGCCGUCGCGCAUCUACACAAUCUGAUAUCUCUGUUGGGGAGAGUCUGGAGAGCGAGAGUCAGGACCUGCGGAGAACCAGAUCACGAAGCACGGGUCGACGAUCGAUAUUCGGCGAUGAAUCGGGGACAGGGUUUGACACGAAGCCGGGAGCGGAGGAGAGGCCUUCACAGGGCUUGGUCGAUUGGUUCUGGUUAUCCCAAGCAGACGUCCUCCCUGGGUAUUGUGCCACUCCCUGGCAAGGCAACUUCUCGGAGUCGACAUGUUUCGGAGCGAUCAUGACCAUGUUAGUGGCGCUCGAAUACUACUACGCGGACGAGUCAACCUUACUGUAUGUGGAGAAGCAAGCACACUGCGAAGAAUGGAUUCGUCAAGGAAGAAGCACGUAUCCCAGCUACGCUAUCAAUGCCAUGGGCGGCGUGGUGGUUUCGCGAAAGUAUCCGCGGGUGAAAUUUGAAUGUCUGUCGGCCAAGAUCCCUCCAAUCGAGCUAUUGGACUCGUACCGAUACCAAGUCAACCGGUCCGGAUUUGAAGGGUCUUCCAGGAGUGUUGUUGAGAGGCUGGGCGAGCUCAUGUGUCUUGAUUCCUGGCUGUCGAUCUGCGGCCGGCUGCCUGAGAUCUACGAUGGCGGCAACGACCUGCUACGAAGCACGCCAGCGCUGGUGCAGAAGAUCAUGACCGACUUUGACUUCGAGUUCUCCCGCUUGAAACGCACGCCGGCAGAGGGAGGCCUGCAGCUCAUCAAGGAGAUGGCCGAGUCGAUUGUCCACACACUGGAGAAAGAGUCUCUGUCAGAGGCGGAACAGCUCUUUGCGGUUGUGGCAAUCCUGAGAACGGCCAAGAUGGCCCUGUGUGUUAUCUAUGGGCCUGGCACGGCUCAGUUGAGAGACAUCCUGGUGAACGAUGUCCAGGUCUAUCUCGUAUAA